CAAGGUACGCGGGGCCGGGCCGGGUCGGGGCCGCGGCCGGGGCCGCUCCGGUCUCCUCCCGCCGAUGGACCCGGCUCGGCGCGGCAGCGCCGACCGGGGUUUGGCCUCCGGCGCGGGGUCUCGACCCGGCCCCCCGCGCGGCCCCGGGUGCGCGGCUCGGCUCCCGCCCGACGUUGGGGUUUCGGCGGCGCCUCUCCUCGGCGGCAGCGUCCCGGGCGGCCGUAGGAGCUCCCGACCGGACGGGCACGGCUGCUCGCGGCGCGCAGGAACCGAGGGGCGACCCCAGGCCCAGACCCCGCCCGAGGGUCUCCUGCCGCCGGCCUUGCUGUCCCCCGGCCCCGGUGGCCCCCCGUCCCCGGCAGCGCCCGGCCGGGUCACCGCGCCGGGCCGGGUCACCUUCCCCGCGCCGGCCCCGCCGGAGCGGCGGGAGAUGCUGCCCAAAGCGGAGUCCAGCGACCACAUCGCGGCCUGGGCGGGCCCCGCCGUGCCUCGCGCCCCCACGCUGCCCAAGGCCGUGUCCAGCGAGUUCCUCACCGGCGGGUGGGCGGGCCUGAGCCCCCGAGCGGAGCCGGGCGAGCUGCCCGUCCUCGUCCGGCCCCUCGGUCGUCUCGACCCCAGCGACGUCUGCGAUCUGCUGCCGGACUGCUCGGGACGAGCCCCGGAGGACGGCGCGUUCCGCAUCACAGUGGUCACCUGGAACGUAGGUACAGCCAUGCCCCCAAAUGAUGUGACGUCCCUGCUGCACCUCAACACGGGCGAGACAAACGAUGUGGACAUGAUCGCCAUUGGGCUGCAGGAGGUAAACUCCAAAAUAAACAAACGCUUGAAGGAUGCCCUCUUCACAGAUCAGUGGAGUGAACUCUUCAUGGAUGUGCUGAGCCCCUUCCACUUCAUCCUGGUCAGCACAGUGCGGAUGCAAGGUGUGAUCCUGCUGGUGUUUGCCAAGUAUUAUCAUCUACCCUUCCUUCAGGACAUCCAGACAGACUGUACCAGGACAGGGCUGGGGGGAUACUGGGGCAACAAGGGUGGGGUGAGUGUUCGUCUCUCCAUCUUCGGCCACAUGGUCUGCUUCCUGAACUGCCACCUGCCAGCACACCUGGAAAAGACGGAGCAGCGCAAGGAGGACUUUGCCACCAUACUACACAUGCAGCAGUUUGAGGGGCCCGUGGCUAACGGCAUCCUGGACCAUGACCUCGUGUUCUGGUUUGGGGACCUCAAUUUCCGCAUUGAGAGCCUGGACAUCUGUUUUGUGAAGUAUGCCAUUGACAGCAAUGUUCUGAGCCAGCUCUGGGAGAAGGAUCAGCUGAACAUUGCCAAAAGCACGUGGCCUGUUCUCAGAGGCUUCCAGGAGGGACCCCUGAACUUCCCACCCACUUUCAAGUUUGAUGUGGGCACCAACAAGUAUGACAGCAGCUGUGCUGAGUGCCAGGAUGAGCUGCAUCCUCUGCCCACAUGUGCCAUAGUGCCAGGGGGAGGCAGUUUGGGUCAGAGCCCACUGCCCCUGCCAGGCAAGAGAUGCCCCUCUGUGCCCUGCAGUGCCAAGAAGCGAAAACCUGCCUGGACUGACCGCAUCCUAUGGAAGAUAAAACCUCCCAGCAAGGGGUUGGGCACAGGUGGGCAUCGGCCCAGUCAGGGUGUGCUGUCAGUGAGCCAACUGUGCUACUGCAGUCACAUGGAAUACACUGUCAGCGACCACAAGCCAGUAGCUGCCAUCUUUGCUGUGCAGUUUGCUUCCAAGGUGGACAAGCCCCUGGUUGAGAUUUAUGUGGCUGACGAGUGGACCAGGCCUGAGCAAGCAGUUGUCAGGUACAAGAUGGCUGUUGGCUUCCACCGGAGCUCCUGGGACUGGAUAGGACUCUACCGGGUGGGGUUUCGGCACCCUAAAGACUAUGUAUCCUAUGUCUGGGCCAGGAGUGAUGAUGGGGAGCGCUGCCUAGAGAAGCAGCUGUGUGCACAGGUGAUGUUCUCUGAGGAAGCACUGCCCAAGGGGAAUGGAGAGUACAUCCUUGGAUACUACAGCAACACGUCCAGUAGCAUCGCUGGUGUGACUGAGCCCUUCCAGCCAGCCAUUUCAGCCCUCCUGCAGGAAGUACGUUGGAGGAGGGAACUGAGCAUGAAACUCAGGGGGAAGCAGGAAAUUGGCUAAGAAUGCACUGCUCAACCUCCAUGGGACUUGCUCCUACAGUCAUAUCUUUCCUGUUGUAAAUCAGAAUGAUUGAGAUAAAACAUGCCUAUGCCUGGUCUAGUACAGCCAUCAGGAAUGGUGACUCUGCAGAAGCACCGAAGUUUGUAAGUAGCAGGAGCCCAGCCAGCAGGCUAAGGAGUGGAUCUGGUCUAGAAAACCACUGAGUUAAUUAGCAAAUCCAUCUGCUCUUCCAGAAAUCUGCACCUGGAACAUCUCUGAAGAAAGGGCAGCGCUGGUCAGGAGGCUGCAUGUUUUUGUUUUGGAUACUCAUAGCACCUACAACUUUGCUUUAAUUCAUCCUAGUGUCCAUGUCAGUAAUUUUGGAGCACCAGAACAGCUUCACAGGCUCUCAAGCUUCAGGACUGCCUCUACCAUGUGUCCACACCACAUGCACAGUUACCUCAUGACGCAUUCUUGAGGCUGAUAGUCACCUUUCCUGUGCCUGGUGGCCAGAGGUUCUCCAGGAAAGGAAAAGGGCAGAUUUUCAUCAGUUUCUUUUGGAUUCACAUCAUGGUCGAAGCAGAACUGGCCAUUUUCCUUGGAAAGCACAAAUUAAAACACAGGAGGAACCCCUGAAGCAUUGCCAUGCACCUCCACCUGCAUAGAUGUUCUUCAGAGUUAUGCAGGGACAUGGGCUUCCUGAGUUCUGUUGCAGGAACACUGAGCAGAUUUGAUUCCACUCACAUUCCAGUUAGUGAUGAUGUAACCUAUCAGGUCCUCAAGCCGAGGACCUGAAGUGGUGACUGAGGCACAAACCACAGCUCUGGCAGAGAGCGUUCCGCUUUCACUGCAGGCACGUCCUGGCAGCAAGCGGUAACUCCUUCCUGGUAGAGUGUCCCUCCAGAAGCCUUACCAAGUCGACCACAUUCUGCACAGGGCAGAAACCCCCCGGGUGACCUCAUACAUGGAGAUUCUCGGAGCUGGAGUUCACUUGCCAACCUGGCACAGGGAGGAGAGGGAGAGGGAUGGAAGCCAGGGCUGGACUCCCGGCCCUGCCACAGUAGGGAAUCCCCCACUAGAAGUGGCUCCAAGGCCCGCUGUCGCGCGUCGUGCUCAGAGCUGCGGGAAAAGCGAAACGCCCCCGGGCACCUGUGCCAGUCUGUCCAGGGAGCAGCACUCCCUCCCCGCCGAGACAAGGCUCCCUCCUGACCACGAAACGGCGAUGAGCUACUGCCCGAGCUGGGCCCAGCCGAACGCGGCCGAAUCGCUGGAGUGUCACCGACAUGUUUUAGGAAAAAUCCUUUCCUUAGGAUUUUUCCCUCCUGAGAAGCUGAGAGGCCUCAGGAACAAACUGUAAACAAUUCUUAUCUGCUGCUGUGGAAUGCAACAGGGGGAAUCUGUGAUUGGUCUCAUCUGGUUGUUUGGAAUUAACGGCCAACCACAGUUCACCUGUCCAGACCGUCUCGGUCCGAGACAAGCCUUUGUUAUUCAUUCCUUUAUUAUUCUUAGCUUAGCCUUCUGAUGAAAUCUUUUCUCUCUGUUCUUUUAGUAUAGUUUUAAUAUAUUUUCUAUCAUAAAAUAAUAAACCUAGCUUGCUGAUACAUGGAGUCAACUUUCUCGUCUCUUCCUUCAUCCUGGGACCCUUGUGGACAAUACUACAAAUGGUGACCCCGAGUGAAAAAAGGAGCACCACCACAGAAGGUGAACACCGAGGACAGAACUGACAGAUGGUACCUCGAGUGAAGGAAUCACCACAAUUGGACCCUGAGUGAGGAAGAAUUCUUCAUUUGGCUGGCCGCAGAGAGAACCUUUUGAAAAGUCUCCGAGACAAGAUGUCCAGAAGUCUUUGCAGCACAGAGCAGUCUGCCGAAGCCCAGAGGACACUGUCACAAGGUACUGUUUACACUUCCCUUCCUGAAAAUGCUUCCCUUCUUACAAGGCAGAUUCGGAUCUGGACAAGGGUGCCUACGGAGGCGGAGGUUCCAUUCUCUCCCUCAGAGGAGAAACUUAUUGGCCUCUGGCAAAAAUGGGGUCAUGAGGACAGAAUUCCUAUGCUGAAGAUACAUUUCUAUGAGUUUUUCAGGUGGGCAAAGCACCAUGGCUUUUUCACUGAUGUGCUGUAUGCCCUUGAUUCAUACAUAUGGGAAUGCAUGGAAUUCAUUAUCCGAGACCUUUUUUACCGGGGACUUGGAUUUCCUCGGGUUUAUCCGUCAUUCAGAACUCUCUUCCCAGUUUUGAAACGGAAAGCGUCUGCAUAUCAGUGGAUUUCGGAUUGCCGAGGUAUGUCUCCCUUCUCGCUGGCGCUGGCAAGAGGGGAACCAGUGCAAAUCCACAGCCUGCAGGUUCCCAGCCCCCCCGAAUCGCGGCGGGGGGGCGAAGUUUUGCCCGCGAUAGAAGAAAAGUUUUUUUCUGCGCCUUUGGAGCAUGCUCCGACGGAACCGCCUCCCCCGCCUCGCUGCUCUCAGGGGGGAGGUGAGUUGGCUCCACCGCCCGAGCCGGAGCCGCGGGCCCCACCCCAACCCGCCCCGCAGGAGGUGCCAGUCCCCGCGGCCCCUCCCGCGGCACCGCCUCAGCCCGGACCGGACCCGUCGCCUCCAGCGGAGUUUGUCGGCGUUCCCGUGGCAGAAGCACCGCCUCCCGGGGCUUCGCCCGAGUUGCUAGGCGACGCACUCGACAGCAAUCGCCAAGAGCUCGCGACUGCGCUGCCGCUCCCGAAGCAAAGUGAGACAACAGUGCAGGCGGCACCGGUGGGCCCCGGCCCCGCGCCCCUGCCGCCCCCCGCGGCUGUCCCGCCGCCUCCCGUGUCGGCUCCGCCGGCUUUGCUGUCUGCGCCCGCGAUGCAGCUUCCGGUACCCGGAGAAGACGCGGCUGCUGUCCCCAGCCCGGCGGGGGUCGAUGCCGCGCCGCCCGCGCCGGUCGAAUCCGCGUUCGACCCUCCAGCAGAGCCCGUGAGGGCUCCGAACGCGGCGGCUCCGCCUUUGCCUGCCAUGCCAGUGGAGGAGGCUGAGGUUGAGAACCACCAAGCGGAACCAUCAUUGGAGUCGCCCGUGGCCCCGCCGCUCCCCGCGGCGGCCACCGCGGCGCCUGCGAUCAGCCUGGAUUCCCCCCCGAGCUUUUCGGGCUGUCCCGAGGCUGCCCCUGCGGGGGGAGCUGGGACAGGGGAAGGGGAUGCCGGUCUGCCCCUCCGUGGGGGGGUUGUGGCUCGACAGCUGAUUGCGGGCUCAGCCCGUCUGCCUGCUUUCAAACUCAGCGUUUUUCGCGGGCCGGUUCGGGUUUGGUUCGGAGGUUCCCGUUGGGGGUUGGAAUGCCUGACUCCCCCUGCGCACCCCAGCACCGUGGGGGAGGUGGCUCCUGAGCCUUCUGCUUCUGGUCCCCAGCCCGCAGGGAGUGGGGGUGGUACCGAGGGGCAGAAAGGAGGAACACCUUUUGCAUUUGCGUUGCAGAGGCAGGAGAAACAGUGGAAAGUGAGCGUCGCUCAAUUGCUCUGGGGACAAAGCACCCCCAGAUCUGGGGUGAUGAUCCCUGGGAAAGCUUCUCUUCCCCAGCUGCUGGUCUGCACCGGUUCAGAGGGGAUGAAGCGUUCGGUCACUCGUGCUGCCCAGGCAUUGGCAGCAGAGUGCCGGGUUGUGAGACCACGGAGCCCGCUCCGCGGGCCGGGUCUGGGCCGUUUGGCUCGGUUCCCUGGGCCAGGGCCUCUGCCCGGCCAGCGGCUGUUUGGUUUGUGGGCUUUGCUUCCCCUGUCAGGACCUGGGCCACCGUUCUGUAGGCCAGGUCUGGGAUCCCUGAUCCUUCCACGAGGACCUGGGCCACCGUUCUGUAGGCCAGGUCUGGGAUCCCUGUUCCUUCCACGAGGGCCAGGGCCCCCGCAGAGCCUCAGUGGCUCCUCUCUGCUGCUGCUCUUUCGUCAAAAAAAAAAAAAAAAAAAAAAAAAAAAAAAAAAAAAAAAAAAAAAAAAAAAAAAAAUUUUAAAUAAAAAGAGUUGAAAGAGCUAGCAGCUCAAAAAGCAUUGAAAAGCCAAGCAAGCCUGUUUCAGGACAAAAAGGGACUUUCAGCGAUGUCAGAGAGGAACAUCUUCAGUUUGGACUUUCCCUGAAACUCAGCUGUUUGGACUUGAAGCAAUGAACUUUCUUUUCAUUGUCUUUGCAUUUUCUUAUAUCUUAAGAUUGUUUUGGUGUGUGAUGUAAUUUGAUGCUUUGCAGGUGAAGAAUUUCCCUGACGGUUCCACAUCAGCACUGAUUGAUGUUUUGAUUGGCAACAUUAAGCCUCUCAGGUGCUUGUUCUUUCCUCUGCAUGGCCCAGCAGAUGAAAUUGCAAACACUUUUCCUUUUAAUUUAUUUAAAAUAAAAAGGGUGAGAUGUCACCGACAUGUUUUAGGAAAAAUCCUUUCCUUAGGAUUUUUCCCUCCUGAGAAGCUGAGAGGCCUCAGGAACAAACUGUAAACAAUUCUUAUCUGCUGCUGUGGAAUGCAACAGGGGGAAUCUGUGAUUGGUCUCAUCUGGUUGUUUGGAAUUAACGGCCAACCACAGUUCACCUGUCCAGACCGUCUCGGUCCGAGACAAGCCUUUGUUAUUCAUUCCUUUAUUAUUCUUAGCUUAGCCUUCUGAUGAAAUCUUUUCUCUCUGUUCUUUUAGUAUAGUUUUAAUAUAUUUUCUAUCAUAAAAUAAUAAACCUAGCUUGCUGAUA